AUGGCGGACGAAGUCUACGAUGGUGCCAUUGGCAUCGAUCUCGGAACCACCUACUCUUGUGUGGCCAACUAUGAGGGCGCUGGCGUCGAGAUCAUCGCCAACGAGCAAGGAAGCUUCACCACCCCAUCCUUCGUCUCCUUCACCUCCGAAGAGCGAUUGAUCGGUGAGGCUGCGAAGAACCAGGCCGCCAUGAACCCCGCGAACACCGUCUUCGAUGUGAAGCGCCUCAUUGGACGGAGAUUCGACGACCCUACCGUCAAGAAGGAUAUCGAGUCGUGGCCCUUCAAGGUCAUUGACACUGAGAACAACCCGAAGGUGCAGGUCGAAUACCUCGGGGAGAACAAGACCUUCUCGCCGCAGGAGAUCUCUGCCAUGGUGUUGGGCAAGAUGAAGGAGGUCGCGGAAGUCAAGCUGGGCAAGAAGGUCGAGAAGGCCGUCAUCACCGUCCCCGCCUACUUUAACGACAACCAGAGACAAGCCACAAAGGACGCUGGUGCGAUCGCUGGCCUCAACGUCCUCCGUAUCAUCAACGAGCCUACUGCCGCUGCCAUUGCCUACGGUCUCGGUUCCGGCAAGUCUGAGAAGGAGAGGAACGUGCUGAUCUACGACCUCGGUGGUGGUACCUUCGAUGUCUCGCUCCUGCACAUUCAGGGUGGCGUGUUCACCGUCAAGGCUACGGCUGGUGACACGCACUUGGGUGGCCAGGACUUCGACACCAACCUGCUUGAGCACUUCAAGAAGGAGUUCCAGCGCAAGACCAAGAAGGACAUCUCCAACGACCCACGUGCCCUCCGCCGCCUGCGAACUGCUUGCGAACGCGCCAAGCGCACCCUUUCGAACGGCACUCAGACCACUGUCGAGAUCGACUCCCUCUUCGACGGCGAGGACUUCAACGCGAACAUCACCCGUGCACGAUUCGAAGAUAUCAACAGCAAGGCAUUCAACGGCACGAUCCAGCCUGUCGAGCAGGUGUUGAAGGACGCCGCGCUUGAGAAGAGCAAGGUUGACGAGAUCGUCUUGGUCGGUGGCAGCACACGUAUUCCACGGAUACAGAAGCUCCUGUCCGACUUCUUCAACGGCAAGAAGCUCGAGAAGAGCAUCAACCCGGACGAGGCUGUUGCGUACGGUGCCGCCGUCCAGGCUGGUAUUCUGUCCGGCAAGGCUACUUCGGCUGACACCUCUGACCUGCUUCUGCUCGAUGUCGUCCCGCUCUCGCUCGGUGUGGCUAUGGAGGGCAACAUCUUCGCGCCUGUCGUCCCUCGCGGCAAUACUGUUCCCACGCUCAAGAAGCGUACCUUCACCACCGUUGCUGAUAACCAGCAGACUGUGCAGUUCCCGGUGUUCCAAGGUGAGCGUGUGAAUUGCGAGGACAACACCUCUCUUGGAGAGUUCACGCUUGCGCCAAUCCCCCCCAUGCGCGCCGGCGACGCUGUCCUCGAAGUCGUGUUCGAAGUCGACGUCAACGGUAUCCUCAAGGUUACCGCCACCGAGAAGUCCUCCGGCCGCAGCGCCAACAUCACCAUCUCCAACUCGGUCGGCAAGCUAUCCUCCGCCGAGAUCGACAAGAUGGUUGAGGACGCCGCCAAGUUCAAGAGCAGCGACGAGGCUUUCAGCCAGAAGUUCGAGGCCCGCCAGCAACUUGAGAGCUACAUCAGCCGUGUCGAGGAGAUCGUCAGCGACCCAUCGAUGAGCAUGAAGCUCAAGCGCGGACAGAAGGAGAAGAUCGAGAGCGCGCUCAGCGAUGCGAUGGCACAGCUCGAGAUCGAGGAUGCGGGCAGUGAUGACUUGAGGAAGAAGGAGCUGGCGUUGAAGAGGCUGGUGACGAAGGCCAUGGCUACUCGCUAA